AAGUCUCCGUCAAAAAAUUGUCGACGCCAUUUUACUAUUUUGAUGUUGCUAGCGUUGGUUCAAUUGUAAAUUUUACAUAAAUUCACUGGUAAUUCAGUGUUAAAAGGUGAAAAAAGACAUUGUAAAUUGGUGUUGUGAACUUGAUAAAGUCUACUACAGCUGUAUUGUGGAGUUUCUGGUGAAAACCUUGUGGUUGCUUGAUAAGGUGAAAAUCCUGUGGGAAAGCUGUAAAAUGUUGUCCAAGUGGAUUUGGGCUAGGGUGUAGUGAAAAACACUCAGUUGGUUGGUAAGGAAAGGUAGUGAAAGACAAACAAAAAUAGGUUUUUGCAAGUAGUUUUCUGGGGCACAAUUUGAGAGACAUCACAGAGAAAAGGGGGAUUCAGUGAAAUGGGUCGUCCGAGAAAAAAUGCCGUACAGACAAAAGAUACCACGACGACGGCGUCUAAAGGUAAGGCAAAGGAACCCGAGGAGGAGACUGAAAAUCUCUCCUUGACGCUAACACGAUCGCGUCGGACGCCCAAGCCAAAUCCUAAAUAUCAGAAUGACGUGAUUUUGCCUUUUUCAUCGAGAAUUGUCACGGGGGACAGUAGUCGUUCGACGACACCGGCAAAAUCGGAAACAAGUGAAGAAGUUGUUCCACUGUCAGAUGAGGAUGAUGAGGAUUUGACAAAAACGGGCAGUGGUAAGAAACGUGGACGUCCGCCGAAGAAAACAGCUCAAGUGACAUCACCUGCUGUAGCUCCAGAGCCAGCUGCUAAGAAGGUGCCACCGCCACAGCCGAAAGGGCCAGAGAAGAAAGACACUCCGAGGCGUCUUCCUGAUCGAAGUGCAAAGCAACAGACACCUCCGGAAGCUCCAGUACAGAAGAGAAAACGCGAAGAGGAGACCAAUGAGGUGACCAAGAAAAAAGUUAAAAGUGUAGAGGAGAAAAAAAGUACACCAAUCCUGACCAAGACUCAGCAGCAGCAGCAGCCUGUGCGGUCGGUUGAGAAGAAAUCUGUACCUGGAGGUAAGAAUCCAUCUCCGACAAAGGGGGAUAUCGUGGACGUGGCUGGAACGCGUGAAAAUGUAAAGAUUGUCGAUGUUUCGGAGAUUCUAAAGAAAAAACAUGAAGUUGUGGUUGAAGAGCCCAAUAAGAGAAUUCGUAAAUGUCCUCCGGAAGUAUCACCAAGACCUCCACCACUCUACAGUUCCAAAAUUCUCAGUCAAUCCCAAAAGGUGUCCCCAUCCUCCAGGCCACAGCAAGCGGUGACGCCAACAAUUAGGCCCAAGAUCUCUCCCAAAGCACCGCUGAAGCUCAGUCCGCCAGGACCGCGUCAGCUCAAUAGCAAUGGCAAGUUCAAUAUCAACAAUGUGGCCAGGCAUUUUGUUGCCGUGACCCCACCAAAAUGCCCGGUAAUUGAUCUAACACGAUCUGGGGAUUCUCUGGAGAGCCCACAGAGACCCAAAAAACCCCUCAUGCAACCCCUAAAUCCCAUCCGGAAAUCCAUACAGCGUCCUAUGACAGUUCCGGCUCCACUGCGUCCCCUCAGUCAGCAGAAGAAACCAACGAUUCUCAGUUCAGUGAAAGUGCCAGUGAUGAAGAAGAAACCCGUCAUCACACCAUUGCCACCGGCAAAAACUCCCCCAGGGCAGCCAGUGCUACCCUCCCAAAAGAAGCGUGAGGUGAUGACAAUUGAAAAGUGGAAUGUGGUGCAAUUGCCGAUGGAAAAACUUCCGGAUGUGGCACCAAAAGUCAGCCUGGGCAUGACACUGAAGGAGUUGGAGGAUCAAAUAAAAGAUAUCCAAUUGCCGACUGAGGCAUGGAAUCACAAUGUCCCAGAUGACUAUACUGAGCCACCUACCACAAUCGCCUUUCAGCGUAUGGUGCCAGGAGCAUCAGCAGAUGAUCCUUCUGCUGAUGCUGCCGAUGAAGCACCAUCUAAGUUUGAUCGAUCCGUAACAUUCAAGGACAUGGAGAUUGUGAUUGAGAUUGAGGGUAGUGAGGUGACUCUUGUAGGUGCCCCAGAUACCCUAACAACUGUCUCAGAUGUACAAACACUCCUGCAGAUUGUCAAUGAUCUGACACUGAAAAAUUCAUGCGUGGAGGAAGUUACGGUGGUGUUAUAACGCGAAGAGGAUUUCACCUUCUAAAAGAUGUACAUAAAUCCUUGGGAUAUAUUGCUCCUUUUUGCCGUUUUUCCCUCCCUUUUAAAAAAAAAAAACAUUUAAUUUUUCCUUUUUAAAAAGCUCCUUUUACAUCUCUAAAAUACAACAACAAAAAAAACCAUUUGUACAAGGACACAAUCCAUCGAGGAUCAGGAUGAUUGUAGUCGAGCUGACGGUGUAUGAAGAAACAAAAAAAACUUUGGAUUUACACAGACACAUCUUUCAUUUUAAAUAAAUCAUUAUUAGUAAGAA